UUUGGUAUCCGUGGAGCUUAGAAUUAUUGGAAAUUGGAAAAAUACAAAUUGCAAGAAACAACUAAAACACUCGCAUAAUGUCGAAAAUCAGCGAAUUUGAUGUGCUCGAGGGAUACGAUCAGAGCUUGAUUCACCUGCCACAGGGGAAGAAAAUAAGGCAGUCGCAAGGCGAUGUGAAUUGCAAUGAUGUUAGCAGUUGGAAGAUAUUGACUGAUGGCUUAAGCGACUCGGAUGGGGAGGUUGAAAAACCUAAGUGCAUAUAUGAAGAUCUCAACCUCGAGAAGGUCUUCCAUAAUGCUCUUCCAUCGUCCGCAAAGGAAUCUGGAGACCCACUGUCCAACAACUAUCCGAAUGGGCCGUCUCGCCACCAGCAGACGGCGGACCCGCAGUCAACCGGAUUCAAAUACGACUUUGCGCCGACGCAGCCGGAUUUCGUGCAGCUGAUGAUGGAGGAGCUGGUGGAGAGGCAGAAGCAACCGCCAGUGAACAGUGCUUGGCCACAAGUGCCCGACAACACAAAUGGGGCUACCGGCAAGGAAGUCGACCAAAUGCCAAAUGGUUAUAAGGCAGAUAACACUAGCGAGCACCUGAAGAAUAAGAAGAACGCGGCCAAGCCGAGGGAGAAGAAAAAGUUGAAGCGCAAGAAUUUCACUGCGGUGGCCUUCAUGGGCCUGCCCAUGAAUCUCUAAUUGAGUAAUACGCGUCUGUAUGCAAUAGCUUGAUAAAAUAAAAUGCCAAAUUUCCACUGGGCAGCUCACCCGAAA